AUGGAAUUGAGCAACCCCUCGCCAUGGGACAGCCCCACGUCCGCCGACUCCGCGGAUAGAGACUACAACAUCAAGUCCCCUCUCCAGGGAGAUGGAUCCGACUUCCCGUGCCGAGGAAUCGACCAGUCAAUUUCAGGACUGACUGCUACUGCCACCUACCAAGCUGGCCAGACAUACAACAUGACGAUCGAGGGAAAUGCAAAUCACGACGGCGGAUCGUGUCAGAUUUCACUUUCCUACGAUAGCGGCAAGACCUGGAAGGUCAUCAAGAGCAUUAUCGGAAGCUGUCCGGGGAAGUCCGGCGGCAGCUACGAUUUCACGGUCCCAUCGAGCGCGCCGUCUGGAACAGCGCUCUUCGCAUGGACGUGGAUCAACCAUACCGGUAACCGCGAGUUCUACAUGAACUGCGCAAUGGUGGACAUCCUGGGGAAGAGCGGCGGUGACUUGUGCUCACUGCCCAACCUCUACGUCGCAAACCUCAAAGGCAUCAACAGCUGUGUCUCCCCUGAAGGCACAGACACGAUGUACCCAGACCCGGGCUCCGACGUUGUCUACAGCAAUGGCAUGAGCGCCUCCUCCCCCGCCACCGGGAGCAGCGCCUGUGAGAUUGCCGAUCCUGCCUGCGGCAACUCGGAUUCUUCCAACAAUGGCCAAUUGCAGUCUUCGAGGCAGCAGUCCUCCCAGCAGUCCUCUCAGCAGUCCUCUCAGCAGUUCUCCCAACGGCCCUCGCAGCAAUCCUCGCAAUACAGACAGUCAUCUCCCUCCAGCCUCGCGAGAACUCCCAAAUAUACCGCUCUGGCCAGUCGUGUUGGCGCUGGACCCCAAGGCAGCGGGAUUGCCAACUACGAGAUCGCCAUCGCCUCAGGGAGCCCGCAGUUCACCAGCGCAGUCGAGGCCUACAUCGCCUCGCUGCUGGCCGCCAGCAUCGCGGCGACGACGGGAACCGCGGCCGCGGGUUUCUCGUAUCUGGUCAACGACUACAUCAACUCCAUAUUGCACGUUAGUAGCAGCACGGCAGCGCCGGCCUCGGCCUCAGUCGCCGUCACCCCAAGCGUAUUCCCGACAAGUCUCGGCCACACUUUCGCCACGCCGGCACCGUGGGGGACCGCAGCUGUCCGUUCCAGCCGCCCACAGGCCGGGCGCAUGACAGCCAGGCCCACAACUACGGACGCUUCGCUCAUCAGUUCGUACAUCGAAUCCCUCCUGAGCGCCACGCCCACCACCACCGACGAGAGCGGCCCUGGCGCGAACACUUCCUCCCCAAGCGACGCUGCAGCCAUAUCAGCCUUGCUACCGCUACUGGGAAACUCGUCAAGGCUCAGCAGCCUCCCGUCGGGCUUGAUCAACCUUUUCGGCGAAGCGACUGUGCAGCGAGGCGGCAACAGCGGCGGUGCCACCACGGCGGCGUGUGCCACCACAAGCUGUCCGCCCCAGCCCGUCGUCACACAGUACUCGACGGUCUCGCCGCCGCCGGCGAGCUGCACCGCACCGGUCCUGGCAUGCGACUGCGACAUGCCCGGCGACUACUGCGCGCCGGUGAACGAGUGCACGACCAUGUGCGCCGGAAGCAUGACAAAGAGUUCCUCAUGGAGCACAGUCAUCAUCACGAGCAGCAGCAGCAGCAGUGAACCCCCGUCCCACCCCGCCACCCCAUCAUCACCCUCCCCCUCCGACUCCUCCUCCCCCCCCUCCGACCAACCCCCCUACGUCACCACCGACCCCAACACACCCCCCUACCUCCCCUGCACCCCCGGCGCCUUCCUCUGCCACUCCCCCACCACCUUCUACACCUGCAACCAGCCCGCCCCGCCGGACCUCGCCGCCGCCCUCGCCACCAACGGCUGGGCCUGGGGCUGGCCGCGCCCCGUCGCGCCCGGCAUGGCGUGUCUGCCCUUCGAGCGCGCGGCGCGCAACGCGACGGAGAGUCCCGGCGCGAACGGCGGGCGCGGCGGCACCGUGCGGGACGAUCGCUACGUGAGGAGCAGGCCGAGCGGGGGGUGUGCGGAGGAUGGGGAGGUGCGGUGUACGGCCGGUGGGCGGGAGUUUGAGGUGUGCGAUCAGGGGGGCUGGGUGGGGAUGGGGGAGGUGGCGAAUGGGACGUGGUGUGUUGACGGGGGGAUUGUGAGGGUGGGUGCGGGUGCUGGGAGGAGGUUUUUGGGUUGA